CGGCCAUAUUGGUUUUGUGUAUUCGUGUUCUCAAGCAGAUAUCUCUCAAAUAAACGAGGAAAAAUGACAGACUUGAACUUUGGACCAGAAUGGCUCAGAGCCUUAUCAGAUGGAAACAAUGUUAAAUCUCCUCCCCCUUCUCCUGCGGGCUUCACUAAAUACAAGCUAGCAGAUUAUCGGUAUGGACGGGAAGAGAUGUUAGCUCUGUAUGUUCCCAAGAAAGAAGUCCCAGAAGAACUAGCCAAACAUCCCUCCAUUGUAGUGGAGCAGUCACAGCCACUUUUGGCAGUAAUACCACUUACAGAGGAAGAAAAUAGGUUAAUGUCUCAGUCAGUGAACAGUAGUGCAGUAUUAAGGUUGAUGGGCCGAGGAGGCCCCCCUCCUGGUGUCCGUGGGGGCAGGGGUGGGGGCCCAUCUGAUAGAGGGCGAGGGAGAGGUCGCGGCAGAGGGGAGGGGUACUUCCAGAGAGGGACAUCAUUUGAAGAUGGGGCAGGUUACGAUACUUACGGUAGAGGCAGAGCACAUAACAGGAGUGAGAGUUGGGAAGAUGGAAGGCCUGGGUUUACACCAAGGACAUUUGACGAUCCUGAUGAAUCACCACGUAGAGAAUUUUCACGGUCAAUGAGUAGCAGUAAUUGGCGAGAUGCUAAGACUCUGAGUGAACGCGAGUCACCGCGUGACCCAAGGGACAUACGAGACCCCCGUGAUCCUCGGGAUGCUGAGGAAGAUGGUGAUAGUUGGAGGAGAGCUGGUGGAACUAGGCAUGAAAGAUCAUGGGGUCGAGGAGGGGGUACCAGUUGGAGAGACAGAGACAGGGGCGAUGCAGAUUAUGAACGUCCACGUGGCUUUGAACGUACGCGGAACAAUAGUUAUGGAGAUCGAGGGUUCAGACGUAGUGAGUCCUAUCCUGGUACUAAUGAUGACGGUGGAGAGGAUCUUCCAGAAUGGAGUAUGGAUGAUGGUGGUGAUAUGGACAAUCUUGGUGGCUUUGAUGCUAGUGGGGCCUUCAUGUCACUUGAGGAGCUAGAAGCGAAGGAGAAAAAGACUAAACCCAAUGAUGAGGGUGGUAAAUCGAAAGCGGGUAUUAAACUACAAUCCAAGCAGCCUCCAGAGGCCAAUCAUGAUUCCAAGGAGGUUAACAAGGAAAACAAAGAAAAAUCUGUAUCUAAAUCACCAGAGAAAGACAAAGAGGAACAGCAGCAACAACAACAAGAGGAAUCUACUAACAAAAACAAUAAAAAUAAAAACUCUGGUCCAACCAAAACUGAUAAACUUAAGAAACCAGUUAGUAAAUCUGACAUUGCCAAGCAAGAGAAAAUCUCUGUAUCCCCCACCCCUGAGAUAGCCAAAGACAAUAUAAAUAAAGAUAAGGAACCAGUGGGUAAAACUAAAAAGACUACAAAUAAAAAGGUGCAAAAUAAAAUUGAGGAAAAAUCUGUGGACACUGAAACAUGUGAUAGGGUUGCUCCUCAAGAUGUCCAACCUGUUGUCAAUGAAUCUUCUAAGUCAAAUGGUAUUGUGCCAGGAGAAGGGAUUAGUAAGGAUGGAGGGGCUAAUGAUGAUGUGGAUCAGAAUAUAUCAAUGUCUGAGGCUGAUUUCCAUCAUCUCGAAGAGGCAGCUGAGAAUCUUGUAGCCACUUGGACAGCAGAGGAGGACGAGAAAUCAGAUAAAAAAGCACAGAUAGAGAAUGGAGCAGUGCCUUUAGCCCAUGAAGAUGCUAAGAAAUGGUUCUAUAAGGACCCUCAACAAGAUCUCCAAGGACCAUUCACCAGUGAUGAGAUGGCUGAAUGGUUUAGUGCGGGUUAUUUUACAAUGAAUCUGCUAAUCAAACGAGGCUGUGAUGAACGAUUCCAACCACUAGGGGAACUUAUAAAACGUUGGAAUCGAGUACCCUUCCUUCCUGGUCCGCCACCUCCACCUUUACUUAAUAAUCCUAAUACUGAGGCUGACAGUAAGGACCAACCCGACCCGGUGCAGCAGCAACAACAACAACCCCAGCAACAGACCGCCCCAACAUCUGUGGCUGCCCCCAGUGGCCCCACACCCUCAGCUGUCACUCCAGACCAAGUGAGGGCCCUGCAGCAACAAUAUCUCAUGCAACAGCAGCUCAUACAACAACAAGCCCUAAUGAGGCAACUCCAGAUGCAGGCAUUACUUCAACAGUUGGGCCAACAGGAGGCGUUUGCCAAGCUGAACCCUCAGCAACAACAGCAGCUGGCUCUGCAGUUGCUCCUGAAACAGCAGACAGGUCUGCUACCACAGGCAGCCCAGCAAACUCCUCAGAAUAAUACGGGUAAACCACAGCCACAAAAAGUCUCACCAAGAUCUGUUGAUCACCCAGGCCUCCAGAGGUCAGUGUCUCAGCCUGCAGAUCCUGACCACCCUGCAUUCCAGCGCUCCCUGUCCCAACCCUCUUUGGAGGAAAACAAUGCAAACAACUGGCAGAACCCACCAACAUCAGGAGCGGCAUGGUCACAACCUAACAGUGUCUGGGAUCUGAAUCCAACCAAGUCACAAAAUACUGAAGAAAUGAGAAGACUUGAAAGAGACAAAGCUCAAAAGGAAGAGGAAGAGAGGCAAGAGAAUGCAAGAAGACAAGAAGAGGAGAGAAGGAGAUUAGAGGAGGCCCAGAGACAAGAGGCUGAGAGACAACACCUCAUUGAACAACAGAAGCAAGAAGAGAGAAGGAAGCUUGAGGAAGAGCGUAUCAGGCAGGAAAGAGAGGAGGAGAUGAGGCGGAUUGAACUCCAGAGACAGCAACAGCAACAACAGGAGGAGAUGGCAAGGAAGCAAGAGAUGCAGAGACAGGCUGAGAUGCAGAGAAGACAAGAGGAACAAAGGCAGCUUGAAAUACAAAGGAGACAAGUCCAGGAGAUACAAAAAGCUCAAGAAUUACAAAGGCAACAGCAGCAAGAAGCCUUACAAAGGCUGCAACAAGAACAGUUAGCUAACAUACAGCUUCCUACAUCUGCCCAGUGGGGCAAAGGAGUGUCUCCCCCUGCAGGCAGUCAGGCUCUCUCACUUGCACAGAUACAGAAACUGCAAGAGGAAAAAGAGAGGAAUGAACAGGAGGAGCGACAGCGACAGAUAGACAUACAGAGGCAGCAGCUCCAGGCAAUAGUACAGGCCCAGCAGCAGAAGUCUUGGGCAGCUGCACAGGCGCAGGCAAACUCUGGUAAGUCCCUGUUAGAGAUACAAGAGGAGCAGGCGCGCCAGUUGCAAGCUGAUCACCAGCGUAAGCAGCAGCAACAACAAGCCCAAGCUAACAAGGCACAGAUGUCUAUAGCUGCAGCAGCUACAUGGAAUAGUGGAGCUAAUGCAGCUACUUGGGCCAGUGAAGGUGCUUGGGGGGCCAAUAAAGCAAAUGCUGGCGGCUUCUGGGAGGUCAGCAAUAGUAGUCAACAGCAGAAAAAUAAUACAGGAAAAACUGGAUUCCCGAGUCUACAGUCAUUGAGUAAUUCAUCUAAUGGGCCAGUGAAUACCAGCAAUAAGUCUAAAGGGCCUUCAAGGUCAAAGAAGGAGGAAGAAAUGGUGCAGAGGUUAUUCCAGGCUCGGUCCCCACCCCAGGAUGAUUUCACACAAUGGUGCCACAAUGCUCUGAAAGGAUUAAAUGCUUCUGUUGAUAUCCCCACAUUUGUUGCAUUUCUACAAGAUGUGGACUCUCCAUAUGAAGUUCACGAUUAUGUGAAGUCAUACCUGGGUGAGACUGGAGACACGCAGGCAUUCGCAACAGCGUUCCUGGAGAAACGUAGUCAGUGCCGCAACCAGGAGAGGAAUCAGAGUGAGGAGAACAUGUGGGGACCAGCGCCUGCAGUUAAUCCUAAUGAGGGCCGUCAAACACAAAACAAUAAUGAUGACAAGGCAGUCAAAAAUAAGAAGAAAAAGUCAAAAAUGCAAAAAUUAGAUCCAAGCAUCUUGGGAUUCUCUGUUCACGCGGCUCCAGAUCGUGUCAAUGUAGGAGAAAUAGACACACUGGAAGGUGUUCAAUAAAGUAAAACACUUUUUUGAAUAUUUCACUGAAUAUUUCAUCACGUCAUUGUGAUGUACCUACUUGAAUGCUUAGUUUUGUGUGAUUUUAUACAGCGUUUAGAACUGGACUGUAUUUUCCUGUGUUAACAAGGACAUUUCUGGUGGAUUGAAUGGUACAGAGUUUCCACAAUAAAAGUGAUGGACUGUAUGUUCUGGUUCAUUAUGAAUGAGAUCUUAAUACUGUAAUUCAGUUGAUGUAUUUGUGUAAUUGUCAGAUAUCAUACCUACAUAGUACACAACACUGUACUUUAUAAUGUCUGGCUAUUGGUUGUUUAAUUAAUUUAUGCUGUGUUAAACUUGGCGAUCUAAUCAUUUGAGAUUUGUUUAUUUUUGAUUUAAAAUGGAGUAAGCUGAAUACACAAUUGAUGCCAUUUUUAAAGAUACGAUAGUAUGGAAAACUAAUGAAGAACUGAACUGUUGAGAUAAUAUAAUCGUUGAACUUUACAUUGAGAGAGAGGCCAAAAGAAGGUAUGAAUUGGUCAAAUAGCAUACACUACUGUGAACGUGCCAACACUAUUUCAUAUAGUUUUAUUUUGUCAAAAUGAUCUAUUGUGUAUAGAGAUUACUGUCACCUUAUUCGUCUUUACUGCUGAAUCCUGGUAUUAAUUGACAUAAUUUUGGUUAUAUAGAUAUAUAUACUAAAAUAUUACAGAAUGCCUGAUAUGCUUUUAGAAAGUUGUACUUUAUUUUUGAAAAAAUAUGUAAAAAUGUUCUAAAACAGAAGCAUAUAAUGGUAUGAAUGGUUGAUAGGCAAUAUUUUUACAAGGCCCGAUAAUCAAGCAAGAUAUGCAUUACAAUUUUUGGGGUUUACAUAACGUGCUCCCCCUCUAGGGGCUACAUGGUGUAAGUGUGUGCUGGUUUUAGUGACAAUAUCAGUGGUGUGCAUGAGAUUCAAUAAGCUUGUGAAUGUGUGACACAUACCAUGUACAAACAAAGUUAACAAGAAAUACUAAAAUGAAAUACAAAAACAUAAAAAAUUAAAAUUGUAA